UUUCUAUUAAAACACAGAAGAAAAAAAACUCUCAGCUUGCGAAAAGUUGCGAGUUCAUUCACAAAGUUCGAUGAAAAACAGCUGUAGUCGUUUCGUAAAAGUAUUGAAUGAUGAACAAAUUUUCAUUUUCAUUCUCUCUUCGAUCGUUUGCCUGCUCGCUUGUUCGCCCCAAAUAAUCAUUCUCAAGUUUAUGAAUGGUAAGGAAAAAUAGAGGAAUUUCCUGGCAAUUAUCCAAAAAAAAAGAUAUUCUUUUUUCAAACAUUAAAUUGUGUUAUUCUUAUCAUUUGAAACAAAAAUUUCUCGCGCGUUCGACCGUCAUCUCUUUUUUAAGUGAGCGAAAAAAGAAAAUUAUUCAGUCUCUCGGUGGUUUUUGACUCGUUCCGAUGUGUCUGCUAGACAUUAAAGUGUAAAAAAAGUUAUAAUUUCUAUUAAAAAAUAAAAUUAAAGCCUGAACAAGAAGAAAAAAAUUUUUGAUAAAAAAUAUUAUAUCAAAAAAUUCGAAUCCGAAUGAAUAACAACGGGAAUAACAGUAAUUUAAAACUUCACUACAAUCUAUAUCACUCAACAGCACAUGGAAUUUGCUGUGAAUUAUCCAUGCGCAAAGAUGAAGAAGCAGAUAAAAAUACAGCAGACAUCAAACGUCAAACGGUUGAAUUUUUAUUUGCUGCCAAUAGUCAAAAAAUUCCAACACUCCCAGGAAAUGCUCUCGAUAAGUUUAUGAAUGUCACUACAUUAAAUCUAAUUAACGUUAGUCUGAGCACCAUAACAUAUCGACAUUUUAAGGAUAUGGUUCAGCUCAAGUAUCUCGAUUUGUCAUGCAAUAAAUUGAGAAAAUUGCCACGUAAAUUAUUCAAAGAAUGUGAAAAUCUGACAGAUAUUUCGUUUACAAAUAAUCAGAUAAUGGAAAUAGAUGAAUCUGCAUUUCAAGGACUAGCAAAUUUAAAGCGACUUAGUCUUCGCAAGAAUUCCCUAACCGAGUUUUAUCCAAAUACAUUUGCAGAUCUAGACAAACUGGAGUCAUUGAUGUUGGAAAACAAUAGCAUUUACUCAAUUAAUGACGUAAUCUUUAGAAACUUAAAGAACCUUAACAAGCUAGAUUUGAAGACAAACAAAAUAUUCAGAAUCCAGCCAGACUCAUUUAAAAAUUUAAUCAACCUUAAGUCACUAUCAUUAGAAGAGAAUAUGCUGACGAUAAUCCAUUGUCAGCUUUUACAAACAACAACACUUUUAGAAUCACUAAAUUUAUCGAGAAAUAGUCUUUCAAAGAUACACAAUUCAGCCUUCCUAAAAUUGGCAUCGAUUCAAAAUUUGUAUUUAAACAACAAUGAAAUUACGGGAAUAAGUGUCGAUUUAUUUCGUCACCAGAAAUGUCUCAGAGAGCUCUACAUGCAAUCUAAUAAAAUUUGUCAAAUCAUGUCGGGAGCGUUUAAGGGAUUAAAUAACAUUCGAGUCAUUAAUUUGUCGGAGAAUGCAAUCAGCUCAUUACCCGAGAAUCUAUUUUUGCUCACAAAUACGCUUAAGAAGCUGAACCUUAAUAAUAAUUGUAUAGAAGAGAUUUCGGGGAAGCAAUUUAGAAGCUUGUUGUCAAUUGAGGAUAUCGACUUGUCGGUCAAUAAGUUGAAGAGGAUUCAUGCUGAGACAUUCGAAAAUACAUCAAAAUUAAAGAAGCUGGAUUUGUCGUGCAAUGAAAUUGCAAUUUGCUAUCCAGAAGCAUUUAUUGAGCUUGAGAAUGUCAAUACAAUAUCAAUGACAUCCAACAAAUUGAUGAGAGUCCCAAACUUCCAAGAUCUUCAGAAUCUAGUCACCCUAACCAUCUCCGAAAAUAAAAUCACAUCAAUUCCACCCGGCAACUUUAAAAAUCUUUUCAGCCUUAAAAAAUUAGACUUGAGUCACAAUGAAAUUGAGGAUAUAGAUGACUUGGCAUUUGAAUAUUUAGUCGAUCUAAAGGACCUUGACCUUAGUUACAACAAAAUUGCAUCUUUAACUGAGGAUGUAUUCAAGCCUGUUUUAAAAUUGGAAGUGCUCACAUUAGAGAAUAAUUUACUGCAACGUCUCGAGACGGAAACAUUUAAAUGUCUUAAAAAUCUGAAAUAUCUUCAUCUGACUGACAACUACAUUGAGUUUAUUGAGGAAAAGUUUAAAGACGAACUCGUGAAUUUGAAGCAAUUUAAUGCGACCAAUAAUGUCUGUGUGAGUCAAGAUUUUCGUAAUAUGGCAGAUGUGAUGGGAUUUCGGUGUACUUAUUGGUAUUAUCCACAUACGAGGCACGGUGACUCGUGUAAAAUUUCAAUUGCACAUGAGAAUCAAGUGACUAUUAAUCCACAACAUCUCCGUGAAGAGAAUAUUAAAUAUUUACAUAUCAAAGCUGACAAUUAUCGUACCAUUCCGAAAUAUAUUCAUCGCUUCCAAAAUCUUUCGAUUGUGAAUCUUGAGCAAGCUGGAAUUAGGGAAAUAUCAUCUGAAUUAUUCUCAGAAUUCGUGCAUCUUAAGGUUCUCAAUCUUAGUGACAAUAAACUUAAAAUAAUUCCUGCAAAAAUCGCUAGACGGUCACUGGAGCUUAAAGAGAUCAAUCUUGAGAAUAAUUUAAUAGAAAAAAUCGACAAGGAUGCCUUUAUUGGUCCCGGGAACUUAGAAACUCUUAAUCUCAGCAACAAUGACUUAUCAAACCUUCAUUGGGAAACUUUCCGACCAUUAAAGCAACUCAAAAGUCUCCUCAUAGACAACAAUAAAAUCACAAUCGUUUGCAAUAAACAAUUUGCGACCCAAUCAGCACUUGAGGAACUAAAUCUUAGCCAUAAUAUAAUUUUCUCAUUGCAUCCAGACUCGUUUAAAAAUUGCAAGAAUCUUAAGAUCUUGUACUUAAAUGAUAAUCGCCUUAAGAGCUUCUCAUCCGAAUUGUUUCAAGCCUCAACAAAACUCACAAAAUUAGACUUAAGUAAGAAUCAUUUAAGGAACAUCAAUAAUGAGUCAUUUAGGACAUUAUCGAACCUCAAGAUCUUGAAUCUUAAAAAUAAUGAAUUAUGUGAGCUACAAGCCGAUACGUUCCUUAAACUUAAUCUACAAGAGCUGAAUCUACAAUAUAAUAAAAUUGAUGAUUUCUAUCCGGAUGCGAACACAUUCUUGUCGCUGUCCAAAAAUAUAUCAACUUUAAAUAUUGCAGAUAAUAAAUGUACGGCAGACAUGAAUGCUCAAAAUAUUUUUAAGUCAAUGAGCAAAUUGAAAAAUUUGAUUCUUUAUGUGUAACAGAUUUGCAGCUAUAAUUAUAAUGAUGAUAAGUUUAUAAACAUACAUGCGGAUACUUUCAUUGAAAAAUAAAAAAAAAAAAAUGAUGAAAAAUUACUAAAGGC